AUGAGAUCACUCCCAGAUAGCAUCAAGAAAGAAUUUGAAGAGAAUGGACACUGGGCCAUUUCWAAGACUACCAACAACUUUUCUACMAUGCCACUAGAUCAAGCGCAUGAACAAGAAAAUAAAAUUGUCAAGAGUUCUGGUGKAGCAGUGGGUCUCACUGAAAAUCCUGUUGCUUUCAGGCGCUGGAUGCUUUCAGGACCAGAGCUAUCAAGGCUUGUGAAACAAUUCGAAGUGAAUUAUACCACUGAAUCUGAGAAUCCCGAUGUAUUUCUGCAUCACGAAACAGGCUCCUCUGCACAGAAAACCUUCGUACAACACGUUGUAUCUUUGACUGAAGUUUUCAAGAAAAUGGGCAAUCCAUUUCUGGAUAACUUUCCAGAAUUAGUCGUAGCUGAUAGUCGUGAUUGUGCUGAUCCAUCCGUAGCUGAAUCGAUACGAAACCUCGACGAAACAGGAAAGAAACAGUAUGAUCUAUUUGUGCAAAAUGUCCUUGUCAAAGGCACAACGCCCAUCCAUGACAAGAUUAAGAAGAACAAGCUCUCCUUGUUUAAGCAACCACGCAACUCACAAUCAAAGCAAUGCAAACAAAUAGCUUCUCUUAAAGAUGAUGUUUCCCUGUUUUCACAGCUGUAUAUAUCUCUGCAGACUCGGGAUGGAGAUAUAAGAGAAUUUUUCUCACAUGAGGCCCAUAAGUACMCUCCAUCAAUAUCAGAAUAUGGGAAACUUCGCCUGCCGAAUUCCAAAUCRGACUUACUUAAAUGCUUGCUACAAGAAGAAAAUGCCAAAGUGCCUAGCCACUUUGACUGCAAGAUUCUAGAUGGUGCAGUGAUAGUACACAGCUUGCCAGUAAUUGAUGCUUCAAAUUUUGAUGAAUAUGCAGAGAGCGUAUUUAUACCUUAUAUCUUACGUCAGCUAGAUGAAACCAAGAGAGUUGACAUAGUUUGGGAUGAUUACCGACCUGGMAGUUUAAAGCAGUCUACUCGAGAGAAGAGAGGAAAAGKGCUUAGAAGAAAAGUGGAAKGCCAGACAAAACUACCUCCAAAGUGGCUUGAGUUCCUCCGCGACCCCCUAAAUAAGUCAGAGCUAUUUGCAUUUCUUACUUCCMAAGUUGAAAGAUAUACAUGGCCCGUUGAAUCCAUUGUAACAAUCACAUCAGGAUCAUCAGUUGUGUCUCAUGGCUCCAGCAGUCCAAUGACCGAAUGYAAUCACGAGGAAGCAGACUCCAGAAUUGUGGUCCACCUAUUGCAUGCUCUCAGUUCAGACAAUGCCAAGACAGUUGAGGUGAGAACUGUGGAUACUGACGUCAUUGUCAUCCUGGUGGGAAYGUUUCACAAUAUCUAUGCACGUUAUCCUGGAUUAGAUCUCUGGGUAGCAUUUGGAAUGGGGCGUAAUUUCUCCUUCAAGCACAUUAAUGGUAUUUCUAGCUUUCUCGGGAAAUCUAAAGCACAAUCACUUCCAGUAUUCCAUGCGCUGACUGGCUGCGAUACUACCUCCACUUUCUAUGGAAAGAGCAAGGUAUCGGCUUGGAAUGCUUGGAAUAACUUCCCGGAAUUGACACCUGCGUUGGAGUCUUUGUCAAAAGAACCAUUUCAGAAGCUUASCCUCAACAGUGAUAUCUUCUCAACGAUCGAAAGAUUUGUAAUCGUGAUGUAUGACAAAGCUUGUCCUCAUCGAUGUGUAAAUGAUGCUAGGAUGGCCCUUUUUUGUUCUUCAGUAAAGGCAAUAGAAAGACUUCCUCCGACACAGGAUGCUUUACUCCAGCAUGUCCUUAGAGCAGUAUAUCAAGCCGGAAUAUGGACUGUCAGUGAUCAACCAAUGGUUGUUCUUCCCUCUCCUGAGGAUUUCG